GGUGGGACAGAGGUCAAACCAAGAAUUGGCUAAUGCAGACAAGACAAAACCAAAGUUUGAGGUGGUAGGAUUGUCUAAUAUAUCCCUGACAAGGUGUACAGUGCAACCUCCCCACCCUCUAGGAGUGAAGCUGGCUGUACAAGGUCAGCUCACGGAUACAGGCAGCUGCUGGGAAAACCCUGGAGGGACCCUCAGCAGGGGCUCCUCCCUCCUCUGCUUGGCAGCUGCUUCUAAACUGAGGGUCUCAUUCCUGGCUCCUGUCUGAGCUACAUGCCUGUAGCAGGCCAUGUACCUACUGAUGUGGACCCCCACUCAGGGACUUGACUUCACAGCCAGAAAUUGAAGCUGCUUCAUCCCCAUCAACUUGUCUGGUGGUGUGGACUGAAGGCUGAGCCUGGCUACAGCCCACAACUGCUCUGCUUGCCUUGCUCAGGUACAGUGAGAUGGGGCCAGGGCUGGGGGAAACCUGCUCUGAUGACUCUUAACACAUUUGGUUCCCAGCUUGCUGUCUUUUAGAAAGUAGCUGGUCACCACAGUGCCCUGGUAGUCUUCAUUCAGUUCUUCUGAACCAUUUACAUCUUUGUGGAGAUAUGAGUUUCUUUAAAAUAAUGGCUGGAAAUACAACUACCUUGCUGCUCUAACAUGAGACAGUCUCAGCAAUCCUGACAUCACAGUGGAGGUGCCUUGGUUUUCUCAGGGAAGGCAUGAUUUUCAGCAUCUGCAGCAGCCCCAGUUCUUUGGCUGGCCAAGAUUCUAAACCAGGAUUUCCAAAGUAUGCAGGGCAUGGCCUUUGGGCAGUCCAAAAUACUUAUGGCCAUCCUGGACAGAUACCACAAAUUUCAGAGACAGUCCCUGCCCUUGUUUCACCAUGUACCUGGCAUUGGGCAGCCUUCUCCAGAGACCAGGACAGCUUUCCCCUGGGAACAGGUUCCCCUUCAUGGGGAGACUGGAGCCAUUUAGCCUGAUGAACCGGCCCAGAGGCCUCCAAAAUGGAGAAGAGGAGAAAUAAGGAACUGCUUCUCCUCGAAGCUGAGGCAGAAGAUGGACUUUUCAUGCUGAUGUGGAGCAACAGUUCCAGCCCCAGUUUGAUAUUCCACUGAUGAACUGGCCCCAUGAGCAGGCUGCAGGAGCCGUACUGAGAGCUGUUGAUCGCUAUCGCAGGACAUGCGCUGGUGGGGCUCUUGCCUCGGAUUGGGCAAAACUGGGGAAGUCUUAUGGUUUCUCUUCGUUUAAUGUCUUUGGCUGGGGUAAUGCUGGCAGGGAUGAGGUGUGUGGUGUCUUGCCCACAGAUGAUAAAAGGCAAGUUAACAAGAAACUGUGUGGUUCAGAAACCCUGCUCAUGGGCAUUGGGUGUCUGGAGAGUCCAAGCAACUGUUCCACUUCUCUGAUGGCAUGAAGCCGAAUGCUUCUCCAAUGUGCAAAGCUUCCGGCUCAAUAUUAUUAAGGAACACUGCUCAGUUUUAAUUCUUAGUUUACCCCUGUGGGCCCUAAUUUCUCUUCUAACCUCUUAUUUCUCUCAGAAUAUGGGAUGAGCAAGAAACCCAGAGAACCCGUGGUUUCCCUACACGUAAGCCUUGCGCAUCUCUCCUCCGGGGCCGGUGCCCCACGCCGUGCGUAUUUAUGAAAGCAGGGAUGCCUCCAUCCCUCCCUCCCUCCCUUCCUAACCCCACCUCCCCAGCACGGCUGGAGGCGAAGCGGGGCCGGGGCCUGCGGGGCCGGGCCGGCCCUUCUUUGCGCAGGGGCGGGCGGCAGCCCCAGUCCGCUGGCGGGCACCGGCCCCAGCCCGCCGAGGAGCGGCCCCGCCGCCGCCGGUGCCGGCUUUUUGGCAUCCCUAAUCGCGGCUGGCCCCUGUGAUUGGCUGCGCGGCUCUGACCCCGCUCGGGCUCCCGGCUGGGCGGAUAAAAGGGGCCUGAGCCGGGGGCUCCCAGGCAUUCCCGGAGCGGGCACCAGGGACCGCUGGCCGCAGCAUGACGGGCAAAGCGGGCGCGGCGCUGGCCCCCAGCCUGCCCGGCAAGCCCAAGCCCGACGGCGCGGCCGCCGCCCCCGCCGCCCCGCCACUGCCUCCGCCGCCCCCCGCCGCUGGGGUCAAGUCCAACUCUGGGCCCACCCCUCCCCGCUGCACCGGCUUCGGCAUCCAGGAGAUCCUGGGCUUGAACAAGGAGCCGCCGUCUCACCCUCGGGCCGCCCUGGACUCUCUGCCCGCCGGGCACCUGCUGGCGGCCCGCUCCGUACUCAGUCCCGCCGGGGUGGGCGGCGUGGGCAUGGGGCUGCUGGGUGCCAGCGGCAUUCCCGGCUUUUACACCCAGCCCACCUUCCUAGAGGUGCUCUCCGACCCUCAGAGCGUCCACCUGCAGCCCCUGGCCCGGGCCCCCGGGCAGCUGGACAGCAGCCAGACGGCCAGCUCAGAUUCCGAGGAUGUCUCCUCCAGCGACCGAAAAAUGUCCAAAUCCUCCCUAAAUCAGAGCAAGAAACGAAAGAAGAGGCGGCACAGGACAAUCUUCACAUCCUAUCAACUGGAGGAGCUGGAAAAGGCCUUCAAUGAGGCCCACUAUCCUGACGUAUAUGCUAGAGAGAUGUUGGCCAUGAAAACAGAGUUGCCAGAAGACAGGAUACAGGUUUGGUUCCAGAACCGCCGGGCCAAAUGGCGGAAGAGGGAGAAGUGCUGGGGCAGGAGCAGUGUGAUGGCCGAGUACGGGCUCUACGGUGCCAUGGUGCGUCACUCCAUCCCGCUGCCUGAAUCCAUCCUCAAGUCUGCCAAGGAUGGCAUCAUGGAAUCCUGUGCCCCCUGGCUCCUGGGGAUGCACAAAAAGUCUCUGGAGGCAGCGGCUGAGGCGGGGAGGAAGACAGAGGUGGAGCGCCAGGCCCUGCCCAAGCUUGACAAAGGUGACAAAGAAGAAAGGGGUCCUGAUCCCAAAACCACCAUUUCCCAGGAGGAACUGAGAGAAAACAGCAUUGCUGCCCUCAGGGCCAAAGCUCAGGAGCACAGCACCAAAGUCCUGGGGACCAUUGCCGGGGACACCCCAGCCCCAGGCAGGAAGCCGGAGACAGGGGAGGAGGCGGCAGUGGCAGAGGAUGAGAGACAGACGGAGAAGUUGAACUCAUCGCAGAAGGAGGAGAAGUUGAUCUAGGGGGAACAGAGGUGGCAGAAGCCAGCCCCGACAGACACUGUGUCCUCUGGGGGCCAUGUUCCCCCUUGGACUGCCAGGUGUCCCUGGCCACCCCUGCCAGGGAGAGGGGCCCUGGUCUCUGUGUCUGGGGCUGCCUGGCAGGGGUGCCCACUGCCUGCUCCCCUUGAGCAUACCCCUGCCCCUCGCUUCCUCACCCCCCACCCCUUCCUUCUGGGGGACCGGGAAGUGUCACAUCAUCACUGCCACCAAUGACACUAAGGCUCUGGUCCUUCAGCCUCACGACAGGGGUUUCUCCUUCUGCUGCAGCCCCAAACCCCAUGUGCCGUCCUGAAGCAAGCCUAUUCCCUGCUGCCCUGCCUCUUCUUGGUGCACAUCUCUGCCCAGUGCUGCCCAGGCCCGUUCCCCUUGUACCCUGUCCCACCGUGCCCCAGGCAGACACGCCACCUUCUGCUGGCCAUCACCUCUGCCUGUGGCCCAGGCUGCAGCAGGACAAGCCCAUGGCAGUGCUUGCAUGACAUGAUGACCAUCCAUCUAGGGUGGUUUGCACCUUCCGCCCAUCUCUCCCUGCUCAGCACUAAGGUCUGCUGGGGAGGGACUGCAGUUUAAGAGCAGUUAUGUUUUGCCUCUCUUUGGCAGGGAGAGGCAGGUUUAGCCUACAGGCACGACACCCUGGUCCCACCUGGCACCCUGAGCUGACCUCAGCCCAUUUCACUGGCUCCUGCAGGGCUGGGUCUGACUCUGCCCUAAACACCAAAACCCUACACCCCUGCAGAGGGGAUGAAUGGUGAAUUUAUUUAUUGAAUACAUUAUUCCAGGUGAAACAACACCAUCCACCUAAUGUAUUUAUUGAAUUAAAUUUGUCCAGUGCACCCUCUGAGUGUUAAAGGGAAUGACAGCCAUGCACAUCCACCCUGAUACACCCUAUAACAUGUACACACAUCCCAUAGGAGCACGUGCAGACCCACACAGCCAAACUCCCUCCAUGGCACCAUCACCUUUCCAUUGCAGUAAAACACUAUUCCCCCUCCAAAAGCUGUAGGACAGUGACUUCCAGGUGACCUUUUCUGUCCUGCUUUCAGCUGUGAGCACCCUUUCCCCAGAGCUACUGUUUUUCUUCCAUCAAAGGUUAAGCCUAGUCAUCCAACUCCUGUUUGUCUUUGUCCCCCGAUCGUUUGACGUGUUAGAUGAUAGCCCAUGGAGUGUAAAUAAUGUAUAUACAGUGAGAAAAUAAUUCAGUAUUGAGGUGUUUGAGAUAUGGACCUGUAACAACUUCUAGUCAUCCAGCAUCUGUGAUUUAUGUGCCAUUCUCUGUAAAGAUAUGAAGAAGAAUAAAACUAAACAGGAA